ACGACGUAAUCCUUGACGGAAUCUUUCUUUUUUUAUUCUUACCGUUUGUUAAUGAUCCGACUAAUUUACAAGAUAAAAAGUAUAAAGGAAAAAAAAAUGUAUUAAUGAUAUUAAAUGUGUAAUUAAUUUAACUUUACCUUAAGGAGUCACAAAAACUGCACGUACACUUCAAUUACUUUCACAUACACUUCAAGGAUCUUUUAUUUAAGAAGUAGAAAGUACCUUGAUAUACAUGGGGAAAAAGACAUACAACAUUAACAAUGGAAUCACCAAUCAGGCUUUCACCUUGGAUGAUAUCACGGAAUGUAAUGGCAAUCGAAUUGAUCCUAAUUCGAUUUCUAAAGAGACAACGGAAAGAACACAAUGGGGAAACGAUAAAGAAUUUUUGAUGUCCUGCAUAGCCAUGUCCGUUGGAUUAGGAAAUAUCUGGAGAUUUCCGUUCACCGCUUACGAAAAUGGCGGAGGUGCGUUUCUUAUACCAUACAUCAUAAUCCUCAUAGUCAUCGGGAAGCCAUUUUAUUUGUUGGAGAUGAUUUUGGGCCAGUUUUCAAGUCGAUCUGCUAUUAAAAUCUGGGAGAUAGCGCCUGCCUUCAAAGGCAUAGGUAUUGCCCAAUUUCUUACAUUGUUGGCAUUAACGUCUUACUAUUGUUCCUUGAUGGCAUUGACCUUGUUUUAUCUGGUCGCCAGUUUUCAAUCAGAAUUACCAUGGGGUAAAUGUAAAAAGGAAUGGGGUGAAUAUUGUGUGAAUUCAUUGAAAGAAAAUAAUACUGAAGUUACAUUAAAUGGUACGAGCCUUUCCAACGUUACUUAUCUCAGUUCGGCAGAAUUAUAUUUUUACAAAGAGGUAUUACGUGAAAAGGACAACAUCGAGGACGGAAUUGGACUACCUGAUUGGCGUUUAACAAUUUGCCUGUUUAUCAGCUGGCUCUGCAUAUUCGUUAUCGUGGUUCGUGGAAUUAAAAGUUCUGGCAAGGCUGCUUAUUUCACAGCUAUAUUUCCUUACGUUGUUAUGCUCAUACUGCUGAUCAGAGCUGUUACAUUGAAUGGCUCGGCCAAUGGUAUACUUUAUUUCAUUACUCCCGAUUGGAAUAAAUUAUGGACGUCCAGUAUAUGGUACAACGCAGUGGGACAAUGUUUCUUCUCAUUGACUGUCUGCUUUGGCGCUGUUGUUAUGUUUGCAUCUCACAACAAGAUUGAUCAUAACAUUUAUAGAGAUGCAAUGGUAGUAACAACACUGGAUACCUUUACCAGUUUUUUAGCAGGCUGUACGAUAUUUGGUAUUCUUGGUAAUCUAAGCUAUGAAUUAGAUGCUAAAGAUAUCGGUACUGUAGUACGUGGUGGAACAGGAUUGGCAUUCAUUUCUUAUCCAGAGACAAUUGUCAAGUUCGAUUUUCUACCACAAUUCUUUGCAGUUGUCUUUUUCGUCAUGAUUUUUGUUCUUGGAAUUGGUAGCGAAGUUGGACUUACCUCAAGCAUCAUAUCGAUCAUUAAUGAUCAAUUUCCAAACUGGAAACAUUGGCAUAUUGCGGCUGGUACAUGCUUCUUAGAGUUUCUUAUUGGAUUACUCUACGUCACUCCGGGUGGACAAUAUAUGGUUACGUUCAUAGAUUAUUAUGCCACAUCGUUUCUUGCAUUUAUACCAGCCAUCUUUGAAAUGAUCGCUGUGUCUUGGUGUUACGGAAUAAAUAAUUUCCUCGACGAUGUCGAAUUUAUGCUAAAUCGAAGGUUGUCGAUUUUUUGGAAAGUCUGUUGGAGCUUUUUAACUCCUGCGAUAAUUACAGUGAUUUUUAUUUAUAAUAUGAUUAAUUUAGAAUUGUUAACUUACAAUGGCUUUAAUUAUCCCGAUGUAGCUUAUGUUAUUGGUUGGAUUCUUUUUUCUAUUGCUGUUUUGCAAAUACCUUUAUGGAUAUUGAUCGCCAUAUUUAGAAAGAGACAUUUACCUUUUUUCGAGAUGAUCUCUCAACCAUUUCGACCAUCAAAAUAUUGGUGUCCAAUGAACAACGAGAUGAAAAUAAAAUGGUUAGAAUUUAAAGAACAUCGGCGAAAAAUUAAAGAAGACAAAAUCGAAAAUGGAAGUGAAAAUAUUUUUUAUAAAUUAUUCAAAUCUGUUACUUGUCGAUAGUAUUAAAAUGAAAGGAAAUUGUUUUUGAAAUUUUUUUUGAAUGAAAG